AGGAAACCGGAAGUUGUGGGCUAUGAGCAUUAACACAAAGAAAGUAACCGGAAGCGUUUGUGUAAGAUGGCGGGGAUUAAAGCUCUGGUCAGUUUGUCCUUCAGUGGUGCCCUUGGACUGACCUUUCUGCUUUUGGGCUGUGUGUUGGAGCAGUUCGGAGUUUAUUGGCCUCUGUUCGUGCUCAUUUUCUACGUGCUCUCGCCGUUGCCGUACUUCAUCGCCACCAGGCUCGGAGAAGACACUAAUUCCUCAAGCAAUGCGUGCAGGGAACUCUCACACUUCCUCACCACGGGUAUUGUGAUCUCAGCUUUCGGGCUGCCUGUCGUACUGGCACGCAAAGAAUUGAUCAAAUGGGGAGCCUGUGGCUUGGUGAUGGCAGGAAACGGCGUCAUCUUCCUCACCAUCCUCGGUUUCUUCCUGGUGUUCGGCGGCAGCGACGACUUCAGUUGGGAGCAGUGGUAAAGCCAUGACCGAGGACGGGUUGCCAGAUUGAGAAUAUAUCCUAAUAUCUGCUUCUGGAGGGAAGAGGGUGAAAUAUGGGGACGUUAAGGCUGAGCUUCACUUGUAACAUUAACAACAGGGCUGGGGAAUCCUCGACGGGAAGAAAGAAGGAACUUCACUGUUCCUCGUAUGUUUCACUGAGUCUCACUUUAAAUCAACACACUUCUUACUAGAACUGACAUUAAUUCCUGGCGGGUUCGCAUAAGAUACCGUACUUCCUGUCAGAGUUCACUUCAUUCGUUCACACUAGAUUCAUAAUCAGCACUAUUUUCAAAUCAUUGCUUUAAAUAUUUGUGUUCUUGUACUUUUGUUUUAUUGAUGUAAUCACAUGUUUACAGAAUUAAAAUGGUUGAAAAAUAGAACAUUCCAAGUUAAACCACCCCCCCCCCAAAAAAAAAAAAAAUUAGUGAAAAGUUACAGAAAUAAAUUUGGGUACUUUUUUUAAAUAAAAAAAGAUCACUUGCUGACGUAAAGCAUAAAGGAUGUGUGUGUCGAGACAAAGCUUCGGUCAUACCAAUACGCCAAAGGAGGAAAAAAAAAAUCUGGACCCCUCACUGCCCUUUAACUAUAAAGAACUCUUUUAUAACCUGUAAUUCAGACAUCUCAGCUUAACAAAGCUUCUCAUUUAGGCUUAUUUUUUAUAAAUAAUUCAUUCAUACUUCAUACGGCACACAGCUUCUGGUUAACUGAGUGAAUGUAAAGAUAAAUGAAUCAUCGCUGCUUAGCUAUUCCAAUUUUUUUUCCCCCUCGUGUUUGUCUAACUCGCGUCGAUUUCAUUUUUCAUGCAACGCUUCUAAAAUAUGUGCAUUUAUUCACGCUACAGCUCGUGCCCAUGAAUCACAUUCAAAUGACUCUGAUUCAGUGUGCUGUUAAUCAGUGAAUAACAUCUCCUCCACACCAGGAAUCACAUUUAAGCAGGACUUGACUGAUUUUAAAGUGACUCUGAUUAACGAUUCUUCGCAAUUUCAGAUGGCUGCGGCGCAACACUAUGGAAUCAAUUUUGUGCCAAAAUGUUCAUACGAUACUUUUGAAAUAUCAAACAAAAACGACAAAUCAAAAUACAAAAAA